CCUCGCCCAGACAUUUAGUCGCCCGCAGAUGGGGCGUCCGAUAUCGCUCGGUCACUGCUGUCCGCUGCGCUCGACGGCCUCGACGUAGCUACACCCGACGCGACUCCGUUGGACAGUCUACAUACACGGGAAGGUUUAUUCCUGAGACAACAUGCGAGGUUCACGACCACGGGUCAAGCCUCUAGACGGGCAUGGACAUGCUCACAAUCCAUCCGACUACGACGCAGAACAAGAAGGGCUGCUUGCAAAUGGAUACUCCACCGGACCUAUCCCUUCUCCAUUUCCACAGAAGGGAAAGGGACCUGCCUACGAAGAGGGCGGUGUGAUCGACUGGCAACGUGAGGAGGCGGCCGAACGGGAACGAAAGCGCAUACUCGCCAGUCACCGCGGCUUUCGAGGGUUGACAGCUAGGCUGGCAGACACGGGGAGUAUGUGGUUGGUCAUCAUCCUGACUGGUUUGGGGAUUGGAACUGCGGGGGCGUGGCUCGACGUGUUGGUGCGAUGGUUGGGCGACCUACGGGACGGUCGGUGUGCGUACGGCUUCUUUUACAACCAAGUCAUGUGCUGCAGUGGGCUGGAUCCGGGCGAGCUCUGCUACGAAUGGCAGACGUGGAGCGAAUAUCUGAACAUCAGAUGGAUACUGGUGCAGUCAUUACUGCAAUCUUCGGUAUAUAUUCUGCUUGCGGUUGUGUUUGCAGGAAGUGCAGCCGCCCUAGUCAAAUUCUACGCGCCAUAUGCGUUCCACACCGGAAUUCCUGAGAUCAAGGCCAUCCUCAGUGGUUACGUUCUAGACUCCUUCCUCUCACCAUGGACCUUGCUCAUCAAGGCGCUCGGACUGGCUCUAGCAGUGGCUUCUGGUCUAUCCUUGGGCAAGGAGGGCCCGCUUGUCCACGUCUCAUGUUGUCUAGCACUUCUCCUGUCUAAGAUGUUCAAACAGAUCCACCGUAACGAAGCUCGGAAGCGCAAGAUGCUCGGAGCAGCAGCAGUCGCAGGGGUUUCGGUCGCCUUCGGUUCGCCCCUCGGCGGCGUGCUCUUCGGACUCGAGGAACUGGAUACGUUCACGGGCGGUACAGAUGUGAUGUGGCGUGGCUUCGUGACGAGUGUUAUUGCAGCGAUGGCGUUGCAGUAUAUCGACCCGUUCGGGACGAGCAAGCUCGUGCUGUUCCAGGUGCAGAUCACAGAUGAGACAACGGUGUGGCGUGCCUUUGAGUUGAUUCCAUGGCUGUUUCUCUCUGUUCUGGGGGGGUUCCUUGGCUCGCUGCUCAUCAAGCUAAAUGCACGCAUCGCUGUCUACAGACGGAACAGCAUGCUGAACGACUGGCCAACGAUCGAGGUCGUUAGUGUCAGCGCAAUCACCGCCGCCGUUUGCUACCUGGUUGUGUUCCUCAGGGUGCAGUCAUCCGAACUGGUCGCGAAUCUGUUCAUGGAGUGCGACCCUAUCAGGGGAGACUGGCACGGUUUGUGCAACGCGACCGCCAUCUGGGCGAAUGUGUUCUUGCUCAUCCUUACCGCCGGGACGAAGCUCGUCUUCACGGCGUGGACAUUCGGUAUGAUGAUCCCGGCCGGUAUAUUCUUGCCCACGAUUGCGAUUGGGGCUUGCCUUGGACGAGCCGUUGGCCUGAUCACUCAGGGCCUGCACCGCGCAUAUCCUCACGCAUGGAUAUUCUGGUCCUGUCCGCCAGAGCCGAAUGCACGAUGCAUCUCCCCGGGAUUCUACGCUGUCAUCGGCGCAUCCGCCAUGCUGGGCGGAGUCACACGAAUGACCGUUUCCCUCGUCGUGAUCCUCUUCGAGCUGACCGGUGCGCUCUCGCACGUCCUGCCGAUCAUGAUCUCGGUGAUGGUCUCCAAGUGGGUGGGGGACUACUUCGGGAAGGAGGGCAUCUACUCGAUCUGGAUCGCGAUGCGCGCGUACCCGUGGCUGCCCCCCUCCGAGUUCCGCGACAAGGGCGAGACCGCCGCGGACGUGAUGAAGCCCGCGGCGGACCUCGUCGUCAUCGCGGAGGACACGGAGGGCGGGUGCGAGCUCGAGGACGUCGACCGCGUCGUGAGGAUGUAUCGGUUCCAUGGCUUCCCGGUCGUGUGUGGGGAGACUCUUGUGGGGUACGCGACGAGGGAGAACUUGCGGGCGGCGUUGGACCCGCUUGUUCUGGAAGACGUCGCGUCGAGGAGAGGGCGCAAGUGCACGUUUGUGCCGCGCCCGGUGGAGCUGGAGUCGGAGUCGGAGCUGGUCGACUUGUCGGACGUGCUCGAGGACGCGGUGCUGCAGAUGCGCCCGGAGAUGCCGCUCGAGCUAAUCGUCUCCACGUUCCAGAAGCUGAAUCUUCGGCAUAUCCUCUUCUCGCGGGAAGGCAUCCUGUGCGGGAUGGUCACCAAAACUGAUGUCGUGCGCCUCUUCACGGCGAAGUUCCCCUACACGUCUGCGCUCUCCAGCAAGAGCUUGUGAUUGACAAGACUCCUACGAGACUAUGUUGCGGUAUUUAACCUAUCUUUAUUGUACCUUCUGCGGGAUUCGCACAUGCUAUCGACACCUAUGGAUUCUCUUUGCGAUG